UGAUGGCUUCCUACCCGCACCAAUUGAUUUUUACAUGAGAAGAUCAAAACCCCAAAUUUGUACUCAUCUUUUGAAUUUUGAUUGCAGUGAGAGCUUUGAAUUCUAUAUUUCAACAUUGGGGAAUCUCAGCAUCAAACCAAUGGAACACAAGUGGGGAACCAUGCACCGGAGCUGCCAUUGACUCAACCAGCAUUGAUAGCUCUGACUAUAAUCCCGGAAUCAAAUGAAAGUUUAUGCAUUGGACGUCGUUGGUGUAAUCCCAGAUGAGCUACGGAAUUUGACUUUCCUCACUAAUCUGAAUUUGGGUCAAAAUUAUUUGACAGGUCCCCUGUCUGCAUCCAUUGGCAAUCUAACCAGAAUGCAGUACUUGAGCAUGGGAAUUAAUGCACUAUCAGGGGAGCUUCCUAAGGAACUUGGACAGCUUACUGAUUUACGAUCAUUUGCCUUUGGGACAAACAACUUCUCUGGUUCUCUGCCGUCUGAGCUUGGGAAUUUGGUGAAGUUAGAACAACUAGAUUACGACUUCGCAAUCAAAUGUGGUGGUCCUCAGAUUACUUCUUCUGAUCAGAUUGUGUUUGAGAGGGACGAUGAAACUCUUGGUCCAGCUACAUACUAUGUGAUUGCCACAAAUAGGUGGGCAGUUAGCAAUAUUGGAUUGUUUUCUGGAAGCAACAAUCCUCAGUACACGAGCACGUCUUCAUCUCAAUUCACAAAUACUUUAGACUCAGAGCUGUUCCACACAGCAAGGAUCUCUGCUGGAUCAUUAAGAUACUAUGGCUUAGGCCUUGAGAAUGGAAACUAUAAUUUUAUCCUCCAAUUUGCAGAGACAGCAAUUGUUAAUUCAAAUUCUUGGAAGAGUCUUGGAAGGCGUGUCUUCGAUGUUUAUAUCCAGGGAGAUUUGAUUUUAAAAGAUUUUGACAUAAGAAAGGAGGCAGGAGGGGUCUCUUUCCAAGCUGUUAAGAAAGAAUUCAGGGCUCAGGCAUUGGAAAAUUACAUUGAAAUCCAUCUCUUUUGGGCUGGAAAAGGGACUUGCUGUUAG